AUGGCGGGCAGGGAGCCCUUCGCGGGGGUACUGACCGCACUGCGCCGCUGCUACGCCAAGGUCGUCCCUCUGGAGACCUUCGUCCGGGGGCUGCAGGACAGCAGCUCCGGGGAGGUCGAGGUGCUGCGGGGCGACGACAUAGGCUGCUACCGGACCUUCGUGCGGGCGUGCCUCGUGUGCGUCCCCCGGGGGACCAGAGAUAUUCCCCGGCCCUUCACCUUCGAGCAGUUAUCUAGUCAGAAAGAAGUUACUGCAAGAGUUGUUCAGCGACUGUGUGAGAAAAGAAAGAAGAAUGUCUUCUCAUAUGGCUAUGCCUUACUGGAUGAAAACAGUUCUCAUCUCCCAGUCUUGCCCUGUUCACGUAUAUACAGUUACCUACCCAAUACUGUAACGGAAAGUACUUGUACCAACGGCGUCUGGGAAACACUGUUGAGCAGGAUAGGGGACGAUGUGAUGAUGUAUUUAAUGGAACAUUGCGCAAUCUUUUUGCAGGUUCCCCCUAGUAAUUAUUACCAAGUUUGUGGGCAACCCAUUUAUGAACUUAUUCCAUAUAAUGUACACUCACUCUCUGCAUUUGCUAGACAAAGGUUUUCAAAGCAUAACCGUAAUAGGUUGAUUGACUAUAUGCAAAAAAGGGUCGUGUUUCAUAGACAGUAUCUUUUAAAGUCAUCUCAGUGGAAAAGCAAACAAAGACUUGAUGCUAAUGUCACCAGCAUGGGACGUAAAAAAAAUAACAAGAGACAAAGCUUAAUGCCCAGUUACCAGUAUUCUGCAGCUCAUCUGGAAACACAGAGUAGCUCCAGUUUGCAUUUGUCAGCUACAGUACCAUCUUUAAAAAGGAAGCCUAAUAGGGAACAACUUGAAAUUCCAGCUAAGAGAGCAAGAGUAGAGGAAGAAGUGGGAGAGGAAAGGGCUUGUAAUCUCACUCCUGCUGUGAAUCAAAGUAGUUCUGAGAGAUGUGGAACUGGGUGUGUGGCAUCACAUUCUGCAAGUCUCAUUAAAGAAAGGCACAUUUCUCAAAGAAGUAACAGUGAUAUGUCUGCUCCUUCUUUAGUUCACACAUCGCGUGACAGGACGAUGGUUGUGGCACGUGAAAGUUCUUGUUCACAAGGAGUUCAGAAUAAUGAACUUUUAAAGUCCAGCACUGAAAUGCAAGCAGAAUCCCAUAGGAAAGGAGUAGAAAUGCGUAUGCAUGAAUCUCAAUCCGAUUCUGUGCAAACUAAACCUGUGGGGGGUAUUUCUUCAAAACACAGAAGGCAAAAACGUCCUGUAGGUCAUUUGGCGAAGAAGUCACCAAAUAAGCUCUUGCCUUCUACAGUGUACAUUAACAAGAAGCUGCUGCUUUAUUCCUGUAGGAGUUUCCGGGAAGGUUUUCCUAAAUCAUUUUUACUGAAUCGCUUGCAGGGCUAUCAGGCAGGUGGAAGGCGGCUUAUAGAAACUAUAUUCUUAAAUCCAGAUCUGUUGCAGCAAAAGCACAACCGAAACCUGCUUUGUCGUAAGUGGAGAAAGAAGAGGUUGCCCAAGCGCUAUUGGCAAAUGAGACAUACAUUUCAGAAGCUGCUAAAGAACCAUAGAAAGUGCCCUUACUUAGCUAUCUUGAAAAAAAAUUGCCCUGUUAAGAUAUCUGAAGACAGUGUGAGAGAAACUGAGCUGCCUUGUGGGGUAGCUUUGCCUGGACAAGCAGAGGCUCACAGACAAGUGGAACAGUUUGUGAAAGAGCCUGCUAAGGGUGUGACAAGCAGCAGAUGUGAAUCUGGUCACAGUAAUGUGCCAGACAAUUUAUAUGCUCCUCUUGCAAAAUCUGUGCAUGGGAAGUCACAGAGUGAGGAGCAAGACCCAGGAGAGGUGUGUGACUCCAACCUCACGAACCUUAACAAGCAGUGCAGCAUGCAGUGGAACGUGUUCAUGUUUGUGAGGGAGUGCCUGGAGCGGGUCAUCCCCGCUGAGCUUUGGGGUUCAAACCAUAACAAGCGCCAGUUCUUAAAAAAUGUGAGAAUAUUCAUUUCCAUGGGGAAGUUUGCAAAGCUUUCACUGAAGGAGUUGAUGUGGAAGAUGCGAGUGAAUGACUGCAUGUGGCUUCGUCUAGUUAAAGGUGAUCACUUUGUUCCUCCUUCUGAACAUUGUUUCCGUGAAGAAAUUUUGGCUAAAUUCCUGUACUGGCUGAUGGAUACCUAUGUUAUUUUGUUGCUCAGAUCUUUUUUCUAUGUCACUGAGAACACUUUCCAGAAGAACCAACUUUUCUACUACCGAAAGUUUGUCUGGGGCAAGUUACAGAACAUUGGAAUUAGAAACCAUUUUGCCAGAGUACAUCUACGUGCUUUAUCUUCAGAGGAGAUUGAAGCUAUCCGUCAAAAAAAAUAUGUGACAUCAAGGCUCCGGUUCAUUCCCAGACCAAAUGGCUUAAGACCCAUAGUAAAAACGAGCAGUGUUGUUGAUGCACAAGCAUUCAGCAAGGAAAGCAGAGAAAAGAAGAUGCAGCAAUACAACACUCAACUGAAAAAUCUAUUUAGUGUGUUAAAUUAUGAACGGACUUUAAACAGAAGUUGUAUUGGCUCUUCGGUGUUCGGGAAAGAUGAUAUCUACAGGACAUGGAAGAAUUUUACUGCAGAAGUUCGUAAAUCAUAUGAUAAAAAUCCUCAAUUCUACUUUGUAAAGGCUGAUGUGUCCAGGGCAUAUGAUACCAUUCCUCACAAUAAACUUGUAGAAGUGGUUUCACGGGUCUUAAAACCUCAGAAAAAAACUCACUACUGCAUACGACGCUAUGCUGUGGUUAUGAUUACUCCAAGUGGAAAAGCCAGGAAGUCCUAUAGGAGAAAUGUUUCUACUUGGCAUGAUUUUAAGCCAGACAUGAAUAGCUUUGUGUCCUACCUUCACGAGACUACGUCAUUGCGAAAUGCAAUAGUAGUUGAACAGAGCUUAAAUUUAGAUGAGACAAGUUCCAGCCUAUUUACUUUUUUUCUUCACAUGAUACAUAACAACAUCCUGGAGAUUGGGAACAGGUACUACGUACAGUGCUGUGGAAUUCCACAGGGCUCCAUUUUGUCAACCUUACUUUGCAACUUAUGCUAUGGAGACAUGGAAAACAGUCUGCUCAGUGGGAUACAGCAGGAUGGAGUUUUAAUGCGUCUCGUUGAUGACUUUUUGCUGGUUACGCCAUAUUUAACAAAGGCGAGGCAUUUUCUAAGGACUCUAGCAACAGGUAUUCCUGAGUAUGGCUGUUCAAUAAACCCCAAUAAGACAGUAAUGAAUUUUUGUGUUGAUGAUAUCCCAGAAUGUUCCAAAUUUAAACAGACGCUAGAUUCUCAUGUGAUCCCAUGGUGUGGUUUGUUGUUUAAUACAGAGACACUUGAGAUUUGCUGCAAUUACUCCAGUUAUAGCGGUACUUCCAUCAGAUCAAGUCUUUCCUUCAAUUCAAGUAGAACACCUGGGAAAAACAUGAAAUACAAAUUGGCUGCAGUCCUCAAACUGAAAUGCCAUUCUUUAUUUCUUGAUUUACAGAUCAACAGGCUUGAAACAGUUCUCAUUAACAUCUACGAGAUAUUUUUACUUCAGGCUUACAGGUUUCAUGCCUGUGUUCUCCAACUUCCAUUCAACCAGCAAGUUAGAAACAAUCCUAAUUUCUUCCUAAGAAUCAUCUCUGAGACUGCAUCAUGCUGCUAUAGUAUCGUGAAAGCAAAUAACAAAGGGAUUACUUUAGGUAAGAAAGGUGCAGCUGGUAUGUUCCCUUCUGAGGCGGCAGAAUGGCUCUGCUACCAUGCAUUCACUGUCAAGCUGUCAAAACACAGAGUUAUUUACAAAUGCCUGCUUAACCCUCUAAAAGCCUGCAAGAUGCAGCUAUUCAGGAAGAUCCCAAAGAAUACUAGGGCACUACUGAAGGCAGCGGCAGAACCAUCUUUACAUAAAGAUUUCGAAACUAUCCAGGACUAAAUGAUUGAAGUUUAUUUCAUAUUUGUUUUCCAGAUUUGAAAGUAGAUGUUACAUCUCCAGAUGACUUUUGUCUCUAGUUUAUUUUGGUAGUGGACAGAAAGCAACUUCACUCAGAAGUUUCCCAUGUUUGUUUCUCAGAUACCACACAAGGACUUAAAAAGAGCAGACAGUUUUGUUAAUACCUUCUUGUUUGUGCUUGUCUGUAAAUUUACAGGCUAUUUGAAGUAAUAGACUAUGUUUCCUUCUGUAAUUUCCAUGUUAUUGAUGAAGGGAUCAUUAAGCUAUGUUCUGGAUACACAGAUCUACUUUCAUGUUUCAGCAUGUUGUUUCUGAAGAAGUGUUCUUUGCUUUGU